AUUUAUUUGACACUGACACUGACAAAAUAAUAUCAGCAAGCGAAAUCAUCAAUUUAAUAUUAUAUCUAUAAAAUCGAAUAUUCGUGAUAUUAUUGUAUUGUGAAAGAGAACUGAAAAAAGAAAAUUAGUUUUAAUUUUAGUUCAAUUUACUCGACACGGGAAAAAAUUAUCAGAACAUCGAUAAAAUAUGGGUCCACCGCCUGUAGUAACAGGAAUAUCACCAAAAGAAGGUCCUCCAGGAACCAGGGUUACGAUCCGAGGAGAAUUUCUGGGUACCAGUGCUACAGACCUAAUAGGUUUGAAGAUCUGUGGAUGUGAUUGCUUACUGUCAGCGGAAUGGAAAAGCAAGAACAAAAUAGUAGCACGCUCCGGUCCGUGCAAGGGUCGGGGCGAUAUUAUAGUGACCACGCGUUUUGGUGGAGAGGGAACUUCAACAGUGCAAUUUAGAGGUUAUCAUGAAUCCAUAGGUCCUGUAAAAGAGAGUGCAGUAUGGGUAGAGGAAGCAGCCCCUCCAUCACUCCCAUGGGGUCGGCGACCUAUGUCACCUACCACUUAUACUCCCCCUGACCCACUGGGGCUCUCCACUGAGGGAGAUGACUGUAAAUUCCCUGAGGAAGAGUUGAAUGAAAUGUUUCCUGAUGGUUCUGGUAAGCUGUCUGAUGAUAACUUCCAACCUGGCUGGUAUUUGCUGGAACACCACAGCAACACUUCAUAUGAGGACCUUAAAGCUGGCAUGGUAUUUUUACAAAGAAAGGUGGAAAGUCAGAAGGAAGGCCAGUUAAGUUUCCUGAAGGCAAACACAGGUGCUGUCAUGGACCAAUUAGACCGUCUUGUUCUGCUGAAGAACAUGUAUGAAGAAGACGAGAGGAAGAAUGGCAAGGAACCACUGCCUAGCCUUCAGGCUGCUAUUGAGGAAUCAAUUACACUGGCCGACUCUCUGUUCUCGGAAAUAUUAUCCAGAAAAGACAAUGCUGAUAAGACCCGCGAGGCGCUUUCAUUAUUGACGCGUCACAAGUUCCUGUUCCAACUGCCUGCAUCCAUAGACAGGAAUAUACGGAAAAAGGAGUAUGACCUUGUGGUCAAUGAUUAUACCAGAGUCAAGAAUCUCUUUGGAAAUACUGAUGUUAAGUUGUUUCAAAAAAUUCUUGCUGAAAUUGACAAGAAAAUAGAGGAUUUAAAAGAGAAGCUGUAUACAAGAAUGAAAACCAUGCCAAUAAAUGUCCAAGAACAGACAAAAUACAUAAGAUUACUGAUAAGUUUGAAUUGGGAGGGCGAUGCCGCGUGGGUCGCUAUAACUAGUCGUAAAGAGUACCUUAUGAGCUUGAUGAACAAAGUCAAAGAUCAUUUCAAGCAGAAAGAGGAACUGGAGGCCAAUGAGAAAGGUAAGCGCAAGUUGAAGGAGAGCGAGUGCGCGGGCGGGUGGGGCGCGGUGCGCGGCGCGUGGGUCGCGGCGGCGGCCGGCGCGCUCGCCGCGCAGCUGCACGCGCUCUGGCCGCUCGCCAGGCGCUACUUCGCCGGCGAGCUCGCCGGGGAACCCACCUCCGCGCAGCGACAGGCAGACCUCAAGGAAAUGAUAAUAGCAGCAGUAGAGUUAUUUUCCGAGCACAUGCGAGCCUGCCUGCUGUCUCCGGGCGGCGGCAAGUUGGUACCCACUGAUACACUGCGCGUGCGACUCGUAGCUAACCUCAGGCAUUUGCGGGAGGCGUACGAUUCGCUACUCAAACUGGACCUACCUUCGCAGCCUCUAAGUAUAGUAGAGAAGGUGAUAUUCGACUACCGGGUGCAUGGUAUGACGGUCUUCCUGCAGCGAGCUCACAAACGCGUGAAGGGGCUCGCAGAGAAAGAGACUUGGAAGAUCGAAGAGUAUUCUGACUAUGGAGCUAUUACUAACCUUCCACAUCUAUUGGAAACAUAUUUGAACGAGGCUUUCGCAGCAAUUCACAAGUGUGUGGUGACUAGUGGUCGUCGCGAGAGCCCUCUACUGGCCGACAACAGUGAACCGGCCGCCAUAUUGCAGAAACACAUUCAACAAAUACUUUUGGCUUACGUCACUGUGCUACAGGACCUGGCUUUGAACCAUGAGGACCAGGAGUUCAACAACAGUAACCUGUCUGUGGCGCUGGAGCAGCGCGCGGAGGAGGGCGGGGGCGCGGGCGCGGGGGCGGGGGCGCAGGGCGCGCAGCCCGCCGCCUGGCAGCUGCGACUCUUGCUGGCCGGCGCCAACGCCGCAUACACCCGCCGCCACACCCUCGCCGCCAUCGCUACAGCUAUACACAAUUUCGGGUUCCCCAAGCAGACGCAAGCGUUACAGGCAACAAAAGAAGCUCUUAGUACAUUGGAGAGUACUAUCGCUGAGACGUAUUUGGAACACAAAGGUGACCCACUAGUGGGUACUAUAGAGCCCAGCAUGGACAUGGGACGACACAAGACUGAUGCAGACGCCAUAGUCGACGAUGCACGACCUUAUGUCUACGAAAUCAUCAACAACCUUAUUGCUGUACACGCCGAGGUGGACAGUGUAAGCGGCGCGGCGUCCUCACGCUACGUGCGAGAUAUUUGUGAGACGGUGUGUGAAGAGUUGGCGAGACUGGCAGCGCUGGGGACUCCGGGGGCUCCGAUGUCGCCCGCUGCGGCCUUCCAAGCUCGGCUGGAGUACACACUACUACGUCUUGCUUGCGCUGAGCAUCUCACCCGAAAGGCUGAAAACCAUUUGAUGGAGGCCCUGGCUGGUAUACCUCCCAUUGAAAGCGAAGAAGAAAAAAAACGAAUGGACACAAUAGUGCAAGGGUUUAAGAAAAGGAUGGAGCUACAACUCGCUAGCCUGAACUGCAACAUGGAGACUGUGUAACGUAUACAAACCUAAUAUACUUAGGUAGUUCGUAGACUAAUAAAUAUGUAGUAUAUUGAUUGCUAUUUGUAUAGUAGUUAUCCUCAAACAUUCUAAAUUUAAAUAAUAUUUACAUAAAUAAACAUUAUCAUCGUGUAUUCUGGACGUAGUUAUAGGCUCUCGAUGUCUCGAAAUCGAUCGAGCAUCCUCGAUUAUGAUUUAUGUAUACAGUAAAUGUUAUUUAAAUAUAGUAUUGUGUUUAUUAGUAGCUAGAUCGAUGUAUGGUUGUAUGUAUUAUGUAUUUGGUUUAAAAUCAAAAGCUUUAAAAGUAUUGUUAUUUCGUAUAUUAUGGAAAUAUAAUUAUUGAUUUGUAUGUUAUUUCGUAAUUAUUAGGUUAUAGUGUCAGCUUGUGACUUUAAAAUGAAUUGUAAGAGAAUUAUAAACUGUUUUGGAGAAUAAAUGCAAGAUGAAGAAGGGCACUGUAGUAAAAACUUUCAGUUUCAUAUUCUUUGAAAAGUAUAUCUUGAAAUUUAAAGUCCUAAAACAAAAGUUCUUAAUAUAAUGACCGAAAAAAGUAUCUUAUAACCUUAAUAUUAGCAAUGUAAAAAUGUUGAAAAAUAUAUUUGUAAAUUAUAUCAAAUCGCUCUUUUGUAUACUUAUCUGAUGUUUAUUUAUUAUUUAAAAGACUAGUAUAAGAUAAAAUAUUAUUAAGUUUAUUAAUAAAGUAGGUUAAUAUUAAAAUAUAUCGUAUAUAAAAUCAA